CGCGCGAUCGGCAAAGCUCGCGCGCCCAGCUGCUGAGCUACGGGUUCACAGCUGGGACCGGCAAGCAUUUUGCCCCUAGAAUGCAACUUUGCGCAGCAGACAAAUGAAGUAGCACCGUUCAUUUGAACGUCACGUAAAAAGCUGAAAACUGUUGAGAAACUCUGAUGGAUACUGCGCACUUUAAUGAGCAGUACAGGCUGCCUGCUACUUAGAGAGUCAGUUUGCGUGCCUCCUUUGAGCGUCAAGCCCAUCUGUCAGCAGUCCAAAGUGUCCUCAGAGGUGAAGCGCGCUGUCAGUGACAAUCAUCAUCAUCACCACCAUCAUCAUCAUCAUCUGCACCGAGUUAUGAUGCUGACGCGCCGCGCCGCGCCGACGCGUUCUUUAAAACGAGAGUAACCGGUGAAUUAGAGGCUGUCGCCUCUCGAAAUCCAGCACCAACUUUUCUAACUAUGUUUUUCGAGCAGGCUGAUUUAAACUACAGCUUUAACAUGAGCGAGGAAGACCGGCUAACUCUUCUGGACGGGGACUGGAGCGACUCGCCGGUGGAGACGCUCUCCCGCGCGGGCUUCAUCGCUCUGUCCGUGUUCCUGGGAUUCAUCAUGACUUUCGGCUUUUUCAAUAACUUCGUCGUGCUGGUCCUCUUCUGUAAGUUCAAGACGCUCAGGACGCCGGUUAACAUGCUGCUUCUUAACAUCAGCGUCAGCGACAUGCUGGUGUGUUUGUUUGGGACGACCCUGAGCUUCGCGUCCAGCGUGCGGGGACGGUGGCUGCUUGGACGGCACGGCUGCAUGUGGUACGGCUUCAUCAACUCCUGCUUCGGCAUUGUGUCUCUGAUAUCCUUGGUGGUUCUUUCUUACGACCGCUACAGCACAUUGACGGUGUACCAAAACCACGGUCCAGACUAUCGCAAACCUCUUCUGGCAGUAGGGGGUUCGUGGCUGUACUCUUUGAUCUGGACAGUGCCCCCUCUUCUGGGCUGGAGUAGCUAUGGUCUGGAGGGGGCAGGAACCAGCUGCUCUGUAUCUUGGACCGAGCGCACGGCCCAGUCUCAUGCCUAUAUCAUCUGCCUGUUCAUAUUCUGCUUGGGCCUACCAGUGCUCGUCAUGGUCUACUGCUAUGGGAGACUGCUGUACGCCGUCAAACAGGUAGGGAAGAUACGGAAGACAGCAGCGCGGAAACGGGAGUACCACGUUUUGUUCAUGGUCAUCACCACGGUGGUGUGUUACCUGCUGUGCUGGAUGCCGUACGGUGUCGUGGCCAUGAUGGCUACAUUUGGACGGCCAGGAAUCAUCUCACCUGUGGCCAGCGUCGUCCCAUCUCUCCUCGCCAAGAGCAGCACGGUCAUCAACCCACUCAUAUACAUCCUGAUGAACAAACAGUUCUACAGGUGCUUCUGCAUCUUGUUCUGCUGCCAGAGGAGUUCGAUGCAGAACGGCAAUUCCUCCAUGCCCUCCAAGACCACGGUCAUCCAGCUCAACCGUAGAGUCCACAAUAACACCGUCGCCUGCACCGCUCAGAUCUCCACCGGCAUACACAACCACGACUGCAGCACCGCCACAGAGAGAACCAACCCCCCAGAGGUCACCACCUAACCUGAGCCCAGCUAAACCUUGCCUUGCUUCCUGUGCUUCUUUCUUUUGCCGUUGCAACAGUGAAUUGUUAAUUAGAAAAAAAAAAGUGGAGUCAACAACGCAUUUCAUUGCUGAUUACUGGGGUCUUUUUGCUGCGUACUUUGAGUGAUCUCACUUUGCAGCAAAAAACCCAAACAACGACAUGCACUUAAAAAUACUACAGAACAAGGUGAAGUGACGAAGAAAAGAAAGUACACAGCAAGAAGUCUGAAGCAUAAGAGCAUUAUAUUAACGCUUCAGAUGAUGAGGUUUUAAGCACAUAGUUCAACGACAAAGACUUCAGAUCAGUUUUUCACCAAACUAAUCCAUAAACUCUAAAUGAUGUUCUUUUAUUACAACCAUUUAUAAUACUUUCUCAACAUUUAUAACAAAAGUGUCCUGACAGAAAGCGCAGGAGGAGAUGGAAGUUAUGUUUUCAGAGAAGAAAAAGACUAUAUUUAAUGUCAAUAUUUGUAUCAUCUUUUACAAAAGUAUACACACACUACAGUUAAAAUGCUUGGAAUUAGUAGAAAAAACAAAACAAAAAAAACUUUUAUUCAGUAAAGGAUACAUUAAAUUAAGUGAUGUUGAAGACAUUUAAAAAUGUUACAAAAUAUAUUUUACAUUUCCAUUCUUUUUCUGGCUGCUAAAUAUUUCAGCUUUGAAAUCAUGGGAAUUAAUUAGCCUACAUUAAAAAAAAAAAAAAAGGUGAACCCCAAACAUCUGAAUUAUAUUGUAACCUUUGUAUAGUAUUUGCAAAAAUGUUUUGCACAAAAUAUGAAACUUGCAUUUUUUCGAUGAUUUUAAAUUCUUAAUCUGAUAAUGUGCAAAGUAUUUAAAUCAAUUAUCCAAGUAUUUGCUGGGUUAUAUUUUCAUUUAUAUUCAUAUAAUUUUGUCUUUUAAAUAGUUUGAAAUGAUAAAUAUCAUCCUGUUCAUGUUUCGUUUGACUUGGUUAAGAUUACUGUGCAUGGUAUUAUUUAAAGGGAUUUUUAAAUGUCAAAACUUUUUUAUGAAACAAAUCGUCAUUCGUUUAGUCUUCAAAAAUCAUAGUUAUCUCUUUGUUGAAGAACUAGUUUUAAGCACACAGAUAUUGCACAAGCAGAUUUUCUUUUGUGUUAAUAUUCAUCAUACAAACUCUUAAGAAAAAGGUGGUUGAGAAAACAGUUAACAUGCAUAUACUACUGAGGUAAUUUCACAAAUUAUAUAUUAUGUUUAAAACGAGACUUGGUUCUUGGCUAGAACAACACUUAACCAUUAUUUGUUACCAAAGAAAGAGCACGGUUCCAAUAUGCCUCAAACGGUCCCAUUCCUCUCAGUUAUGUUCCUUAUGAUGAGUUAGCUUGCUAUCUGAGCCCAUAUCACCGAUUUAUGGAAAAUUAUUUUACCAUGAAGUAGUGGCACACUGAUCCAGAUGUGACAACGGCAGCGUUUCAGGAACUGCGCAAUAAGAAAGACCCUAUUUCCACAGGGGGAACCUUCAUCCUAAAACACAGACAUGAACAAUUCACCUGGGAUCCAGAAGAAGGAAUUCUCAGAGGGAUCCCCCCUCCCAAAAAAAAGGAGGAGGAAAAAAAAAAAAAAAAAAAAAAAAAAAAAAGGACUUUGGCUUUUGAAAUGUGCUGAAUGUAUGCCUGGCGCUGAAUAGUGUCUCUAAGGACUCGAUGACACUGCUCAAACUCUUCAACUUUCACCAGAAUGGACUGUGUAUAAAGUGCCAAACACACCAAUGAGAACAAUGUAUCGGUUUAUUUGUAAAAGUUAAAAAGAAAUGACCUGUAAUGACAUUACAAACUGGACUGAAUUUGUUGUGCCAUUUGUUGUUUAAGUAUAAAAGCAGAUCAAUCUAUGAAUAGAGCACCGCAGAUCGAUCUCGGAAAUCAAUGAGUUAUAAGUAAUGUGUGUAACGUUUUCUGUGAUUUUUAGAAAUGGGGGAGACAUAAACAGCCUUAAAUGUC